UUCCAUCCCCUCCCCCGCCUGGGAAGACCUGGCCGCUCCCCCCGCCCCGUCCUCAGUAGCCGCGGGCGCUGGGCGGCGGGCGGGCGGCGCGGAGCGGGGAGCCUGCGCCCCGGGGCUGUGGCCUCCUUCCCCUCCGUUCGUCCUGCGGGGUGCCAGAAAAAAAAUAGAUAAAAUGGAGCACAUGUUACUGGUAUUCAUGUUUUUCAUACCUGUAUUGAGUCUCACUGAUGGAACAGAAACCGAGCAAGAUUUUACUUGGCACUUAAAGAAGAUUCCCCAGAUUGUGAGUGAAAGAACUUUCUCCCUUGACAGCCCCAAAUUUGAAGCAAAAACCAAAUUAGAGCUGAACAGCGUAUGUGGAAUUGAAUGUCAAAGAAAAUUGCCGGUGCCGAGCUUGUCGGAGUUGAAGGACCUCUUCUCCUAUGAAACCAUUUUUGAAAAUGGCACACGGACCCUGACUGAAGUGAAUGUCCUCGGUCUAGUGCUUGACCCAGCUGGAAACACAACCACACAAAGGUCUUCGAGAAAGAAGAGGCAGAUAUACGGAACGGACAGUAGGUUCAGCAUCUAUGACAAGCGGUUUAUGACCAACUUUCCGUUCAACACAGCUGUGAAGAUCUCCACUGGCUGUAGUGGCAUUCUCAUUUCCCCCAAGCAUGUGCUAACAGCUGCCCACUGUCUGCACAACGGCAAGGACUAUGUUAAGGGCAGCAAAAGACUGAGGGUGGGCCUGAUGAAGACGAAAUCCAGAGGCGAGGGCAGGAAACGCAAAGGUGCUAAAAGAAACAGGAGAGAAGUUUCUGCGGCCCAAGAGGAUCCUGAAGUUGCCCCAGAACGAAGGCGACAAUCCAAAGGUGGUGGGAGAAAGCAGAGGAGAUCUGGGAGGAAGCAGGGGACCUCAGAUGGCAUGCCCUCCUUCCAGUGGACGAGGGUGAAGAGUACCCACAUCCCAAAAGGCUGGUUUAAGGGUGUGUCUGGGGAUAUUGCCCUAGAUUAUGAUUAUGCUGUUCUUGAGCUCAAGCGUCCCCACAAAAGGAAAUACAUGGAGCUGGGAAUAAGCCCAACAAUCAAAAUGAUGCCUGGGAGCAUGAUCCACUUCUCAGGUUUUGACAAUGAUCGAUCUGGGCAGCUGGUCUAUAGAUUUUGUAGCAUUUCUGAUGAGUCCAAUGAUCUCUUUUAUCAGUACUGUGAUGCUGAACCUGGCUCCACUGGAUCUGGUGUCUAUCUCCGUCUUAAGGAGCCAAACAAAAAGAAGUGGAAACGCAAGAUCAUCGCUGUUUACUCUGGCCAUCAGUGGGUGGAUGUCAAUGGUGAACAGCAGGAUUACAAUGUAGCAGUAAGAAUUACUCCUCUCAAAUAUGCCCAGAUUUGCUUCUGGAUACACGGGAAUGAUGAGAAUUGCACACAGGGCUGAAGAGAGCUGAACCUGACUCACUCGGCACCCGUACUACCAUAGAGCGCAAGUCUGCAGCAGCACUUACUGGAAGAACAUCACUCCAUGUCAGGAUGUUUUCGAACUCAAAGCUCACAAGUAAUCUUAUGGUGACUUGAGGAGCGCUGAAUUGCUGGGGGGUGGGUAGAAUUGUCAAACAAAAUAUUUCCAAUUGUAAUCAACCCUAGAUAUGCCCUUAAAAUCCCAAACUAUAUUUAUGUUUGCAAUUGUGAUAAAUUCAAAUAAUUCACAUCAGAAAAAAAAUGACUACACCUGUUUGUCAUUUUUUUUCCAAGGGAAGAAUUGAAGUCUCAAACUGGUAUUAUUAAACAAUAUCUAUUUUUCCAAUGGAUUUGCUUUUCUCAGGGUUCUGUUUCAAUUCUUCAAAUACAAUUCUGCAUUAUGUGCAGAAUGAUCCAAAGAACUGCAUGAGACCAAGACAUUCUUUGGGCAUUCUGUAAAGACCACAGCUCCACAUUGAGAAGCAGCAGUCUAGUUCAUGCAUGUUAGUUUGGAAAACUUCCUCCUCUGGUUGCUGCAGGAAGAAUUCCACGGAAUUCCCAAAUUUCUGUAGCUGAAGAUUAGACCUUAAAGACAAGUUUCUCUUCAUUGCUCAGUAAAACCAGAAAAAAUAAGCCAAUGAACGUGGAAGUGUCCGUGUUUGGAACAAGAAACAUCAGUACAUAAUUUAAUGCCUUUAAAUCUUCUUUGAAAGCUAUAGAAGUCUAAACACAUGCAUUUGCAUUCCAAUUAGUAUUUGGAGAGCUGUAGGUUUAGUUUCUAGUCAAAUGUUUAGCUUUACCAUUGGAAGAAGUCACUGACUUCUGAAGUGGCUAUCUGACAAUCAUUUAGAGCUUCACAGAUGAUAGAUUUUUUGGGUGCUAACCAUUUUUGCAGUUUUUAUAAAUUACUUUUAUACAAGUUCAGCUUUAUAGAUAGGAUUGUAUGUAUUAGACUGGGAGAUGGAAAGCAAUAUUUUAGUUUGGCUUUAUAUGGUUUUGCAAAAUGGGUAGUUUUAAUGAUGUCAUAUUCAGACUCCACCUCAACAUGAGUUACAAGGUUAAACUAAAAAUUUCUCCCAACUACAUUAUACCACCUUCUGAAUGGUAGAAUUACCCCAUACCUUGUAACAGAUAUCUUGUUAGAUAGCAGAAGUAGUUAGCAAAUACUUUGGUUCAAUAUGUUUGCUGAACCAUGUAUUUAAUGAAACACGAAGUGAGCUUGACUUUUACACAACUUUAAACACAAAUCACCUUUUUAAAAAUCAUUGUUGAUUGCUACACAGUCUAUAUCUUUUAUUUUACAUGAAGAAUUUGAAGUGCACAGGAUUGUUACGGUGCUACGUUAAUCUAAUAACAUAAAAUGGUACUGUGUGUUUCCGAUCAUAUCCUUGGGUUUCCAUAUUUUUAAGAUUAUUCACCACCACAAUAUUUCAUUUUUUUGAUCAUAAGUUCAUGCUGACCAAAAUGUAUUUUCUUCCUGUGCAGAAGAUAAAAAAUAUAACAAGGUUUUAAAAUACUAUAUGUUUGUUGGUAUCUUUAAAAUAUACUUGUAAUAUCUUUUAACGAAAUAAGAUCAUUUUUAAUAACCCACUUUUUUGUAGAAGAUUGAAAGUAUAAAACCUGACAUUUGGAAUGUGCAGGCAACUUUCUUUGUCAUAUUAUUGCCAAAGCAUAAAAAUUUUAGACUUGCUUCCAUACCAUAAUUCUUACAAUAUUUAAUUAAUUGGAAGAGAUCCCAUUUUAAAAGAAACUAUUUCUUUUAAUGUUAGCCUUUCCAGGGAACACUUCAGUUUUCUUUUUUUAUUUUUUUUUUAUUUGGUGUGAUUGUUUGCAGAAAACUAAUAAUAAUUUUCAAAGUUUAGAAAUUAAUGUCCAAGAUUUUAAGGUUAAUUAUUUUUGUUAACAUCUCUAGUAAGACGUAUGGCUUUGCUGAUAGUACUUUUAAAUCACCUCAGUCCAGUAAUUAAUACUCUAGCUCCAUGCAAUGGGCCUACAAUAUUCUUUAGUCAGCUGUGUAAUGUUUUUCUUAAGUGCCUUUUUCCGUAGUUACUGUGACAAAUAAGGUACCACACCAUUAAUCCAAUACAAGUUAACCUAGGUCCAUGGAUUUUGUUACAAUUAUUCUCAUUAUUGAUGUGGGUCCAAGACCAAUCAAGAUAAGGUGGCUUAGUAAUUCUUGGUUUGGUGAGUCUUAUUUAGGUGUACUCCUUAGGAACGGAAAUAUAAUCUAUUUCUUUAUUAGUCUGGGAAUCAGGGAGAAGGUAAGAAUGAAACAUCUUGAUGUCAGUUUUCAAAAGGUCUUGUUAUAGUAAUCAUCUGCUGUAAAUACCUCAGCCACAACCUGAAGUUCUCAUACCAGGCUGAUAAAAAAUGUUUAUCCUCAGAGGAUAAAUGUUAGAUGCUCGGUGCCUCAUUUUAUGGUACUAAGAGAUGAAAGAAGCUGGCCAGAGCAACACAAAAAUGAAUCAAAACUAUAUCUAUAUUUAAGCCUCUGUGCCUGAGUGCCCAUGGAAAUAUAUGGGCUUGAAGAGCAUGUGCCAUUGUGACUGGGUCAGCACCUUCAGGCAAGGGAAUGCAGGCACAAGAAGACACAGACAAAAUGUUAUUCCUGUUUUAUCUGCAUUCUGGGCAACAUUUCAGUCUGCCACUUGGCCUAACAGAGAAGAAAACACUUUAUGUAGGCAUCGUGACUGCUUACUACAGGGACUUCCAAAAUAGUUAAUACAUCAGGUACUUACACAAGACCCCAGGAGGUCAGCGUCCCACUUAGAGCUCUUAGUACCAGCCAUUGCAAAUGGGACAAGAAUUUCUGAGGCAUUAUCAUCUCAGAUUUUCUUAAAACCCCCUGCAGUUAGUAUCUAGUUAUCAAUGAGAAAACACAAGGAGGGGGGUUGUUCUUGGUAGAUCAGAUCUGCUGUUGUCUAGGACGCCAGCAUCAAGGCUGGGUUCCCAGCCCCGAAGGACACGAGCCCUUGUGAUGUUUUCCCAAAGGAUUUUUCCUUCUUUCAAGUUCUGGGCUGUACAUCAUUUGUUUUCAUCCGUACUAAUGCCUUUCCAUAAGAGUUGUUGUAGUAGAUCUUUUUCUGUAACUAUUCUUGGCUUUACGAAAAAACAAACUCAAGUCAAAUCCCUUUUCUGCUAGGGUACUACUGGCAAUUUGUAAAGUUAACAAUUAGUUUUUCCCAGACCAAAGCUAUACAUGCUCAUAUACAAACUGUUAAGGCACCCAGAUCAGCUUCUGCAAGGCACUUGUUCAUGCAUUUCAUUUGGGGCUCUGAGACAUAUGAUGGAAGUCAAACAGAUUAUCUGCAAUGUGAAAAAUAAAGUCUAAGUUUGUAUUAUUUUAACAAAAGAAAAAUACAAUGUUCAGUAGCAAAAUUAUUUCUGUUAUACAAGAUAUAGAGUACCCAAUGCUUUAAAAAUUGCUUAAAGAAACUCUUUGACUCAGUUUAGAAUUUACCAUCCAUCCAAAUUUUUUAGAUUUAUGAGUCUGUGUGGAGUGUGAAUCAGCACAGAAUAUGGCUUAAGUAAAAAAAAAAAAUAUAUCUACAUGUAGAGGAGAGAAGCAGCUGGGGAGUUCCUCCUAUUCUGCUGAUAAGGGAUGGCUCAGUAGCAAACAGCAAUUAAUACAGAAAGAGAGAGCAAGAGAAGUAGGUGGUACGGAAGACCAGGAAGACAGAGGUGGUAUACAAGGGAUAACGAAGGUGUGAAAAGUAAUAGAUGAAAUGGCUGCGAGAUAGCAGAGGGACCUAUUGUAAGAAAGAGUAGGCAGCUGGUAAAGGUAUGACAGUAUAAAUUAAGAUGUAAAAAUCACAAGUUACAGGAACGGUCUCCUUUUGCUGUUAAAGAUGAUGCAGUCCUUCCCAGCCAACAGUACCAAGGAAAGGGCUGUGAGAGGGCUCAGGUUCUGGCAGGGACCACUAGCACGCAGGGGUUCUGACCCUGAUCUACAGUCCAUGCACAAAGUUGCAGGGAUUACACUUGUGCUCAUUUAGGGUCCCUGGAGCCCUGGUGAAAAGGCUUGGCCGCAUGAACCUCCCAGCAACCAGGUCAGCAAGAGUGUAGUGAGUAAAGGGAAUUUCUUUCACUUGAAAUUUUCUCAGAUGUGACAUUUUGUUGGGAUUCCUGUAAAGGCUAUUCCCCACUGGGAAAAAAAACCCCAACAAACCCCAAACAAAAAACCCACCAAAAAACUCCAAACAAAAAAACCCUCAGACUUGAAGAAUUUAAAUGUUGGGUCCAUUUUUUGCAUUUACCUAACAAAUUCUAGCCAAUUUUUUUUUUUCAAAUACCUUCUGUUUCUGUUUGAUCUCUUUGUAAAAAUUUAAUCAACUGCUUCUGAUUUUAAAGCACAGAACAUUGCAGAUACUUCCAUCUACAAAUUCCUGGAUUAAAGGAUGAAUGGGGGGCAGCGGGGAGAAUAUUGUUAAAUUGAAAGCUUAAAAUUGCACACUAAUCUCAAAGGAUUUGGAUGUAUAUUUUAGUCCCUGUUGCACCAGCCCUUUGCUCCAAGUGUGAGAUAGCAUUUAGGUUAAAAACCUCCAGAGGUAGCUUUGAUGAUUGUUUAAUGUUCUUAACUUCUUAAAGACUGACAGCAAAUUCAAAAAGUGUGUUUUUAUAGUAUUUUUAACUGCACAGAAUGACAACUAAUUUGGGAGAAUAAAUGCAAAGCUUUGCUAUAUUAAGGUAUUAUACAAUGCACAUACUAUGUCAAUAAAUAUUUUCCAUUGGUUUUCUUUU